UUUCUCACUCCCGGUUUGGACGUUCGACGUGAUGGGUGGCCUCUUUUGGACGCGCUAUAUCAACAGGACCUCCACGUUUGCAACUUUGACUAAAGGCAUCCGAAUCAGAACGGCUAAUCAGGUUUAUUGGUCCACCUCAACAAGAAGGGUCGCCAGUGUUCUCACAAUGACUUGCCUUCAUCACAUGCAGAGUGGAAGGGCCACAUUCUUACUGGGACUCCCGACACUAUCGUGUCUGACGUAUGGAGCUUAUCGCAUGCUGCAGAACACGCCGGUGGUCUUCGCUUUAGAAAAAGACGAGGUUCUUGAGCAGGCCGACUACCUUUACAGCUGUGCAGAGACACAGAAACUCUACCAGCUCCUAGUGCAGUACAAAGACAGUGAUAAUGCCGAGUUCUUGUGGCGGCUGGCCAGAGUGUCCCGUGAUGUGUCCGUACUGCCCGACACCGAGGAGGGACGGAAGAAGCAGCUCGUGUAUGAGGCCUUCGAAUAUGCAAAGUCGUCCUUGGAGAAAGAUGAAAAGUGUUUCGCGGCACACAAAUGGUACGCAAUAUGUCUCAGUGAUGUGGGGGAGUACGAGGGAGUCAAGGUGAAAAUUGGAAAUUCUUUUGUAAUCCGGAAACAUCUGGAGAGAGCCAUUGAGCUCAAUCCUAAAGAUGGAACAUCUUUACACAUUUUGGGUUACUGGUGCUUUACUUUUUCUGAGCUGCCGUGGUAUCAACGCAAGGUGGCGGCGGUUAUCUUUGCGUCACCUCCCACGUCCACAUAUGAGGAGGCUUUGCAAUUCUUCCUGCGAGCUGAACGAGUUGAUCCAAACUUCUACAGUAAAAACCUCCUCAUGCUGGGGAAGACCUACAUGGCCAUGAAGGACGAGCCGAAAGCACUGCUGUGGCUAAACAAAGCUAAAGAUUACCCCCCGCGCACACUCGAAGACAAAGAGGUCCAUAAAGAAGCCGUUGACCUGUUGAAGAAGUUCAGCUGAAUCUGGCACCUUUUGUGAAAUUUCUUUAAUUGUUAAGUGUUAUGAUUGGCCUUGGACAGAGAAAUCACUCAUCUCCUUGGGGCACCAUCCUCGCAACUUGAAAAUAAAAGCACGAUCAUGGCAGGGAAGGGAGUAAUUCACGUAUUUAUUUGUAUCUCAUAAAUCCAUCUCCAUUUCAAAUGGUUGAAAGCUUAUUUAAAAAUGAAUCCUCUAUACACCGGUAAAGGGCUGUUCUGUACAAUGUAGUAGGUGUUUACAGUGUGUUAUCUACACGCGAUACGUUAGUCUGGAUGCCUUUCAGACGGCCUACGCUGCACAUCCUGCCUUGAAGGCCGCCUGAGACGCUCCCGCUCUAUUUCGGAUAUUAAACAAAAGGCAUCACAGAUUUCCAAACAUUGGAACGGCGGCUCUGUAAUUUAUUAUACUAUUUAAGUAUGCUAUCUGUCAUUAUCUUUGUACAAUGAGUAUUCACAAACACAGUUUCGGAUUCGCUUUGAUUACAGGUUUGCAAUCAUAAAAGCAAGCACAGUUUUCAACGUCUGCUCCUUUUGCUACAAUACGAUACGUUUCCUCCGCUAGACUUGGGGGGGCGGGGUGAAAAAAAAAUACAACCUUAAAAGAAUCUUGAUUCAACAUAAAUGUCAGUCUCCUGUGUUCGACAUCUGAACGGUGGAAUUCUAGGAAGCGAGAGGCUGCUGGGUGACGCUGCAACGUUUGUAUGUCACUAUCGACGCAUUAACUUCACAUCCACCCUUCGGUCACCCACUCUUCUUCGCAGUCAAAACAUGAUACUUCUGAAAUGUGAUUAUACUCGUUACAUUUCAUCUGCAGCGGGCUGUGCUGCAUGCAUGUACAAUAUAAAGUUUUGACCAGAAAUGU